AUGGACCAUCACUGUAUUUUCAUCAACAACUGCGUCGGCUAUGGAAACCAGCACUGGUUUCUACUUCUACUCCUCAGCACUGCAACUCUAAUCACGUAUGCAUCUUAUAUUGGAUAUUCCCUCCUAUCCGCCGAAAUACUCCAUCACCUACCCUCGUGGAGCUUCUCCGGCAAGGGAUAUAAUUGGGCUGAAUACUUCAACAUCUGGGGCUGGGCCCUCCAAGAAUAUGUCCGCAUCGGCGGCGUAACUCUCCUCUGUUUCCUCACAGCUCCAUUAGUUUGGGGCCUUCUGGGCUAUCACAUUUACCUCAUUUGGGCCGGCACCACCACAAACGAAUCCAUGAAAUGGUCCGAUUGGGCUGCUGAAAUGGCUGACGGUUACGCAUUCAAACGGUGCCUUCCCGUCGACCGGCAUCGAGAUGUAACUAUUGAACCACUGGGAACAUGCUGGCCCGCUGAAAGUGAACAAGUCAUUGUUUGCACAAGUGAUGGGCUGCCGCCGAAGGGUACGGGACAUGCCGGGACUGGAGAAUGGAAUCGAGUUUGGAGAUUGGCCGACGUGGAAAAUCUGUAUGAUUUGGGAUUUUGGGAUAACUUGAAGGAUGUUUUUUGGCCGAGAUACGGGCUUUCGCAUGGAGCGGGGAGGCAUACCUCUGGGAAGACAUCAAACAGUAAUUCUUUUGGUGCUUUCGAGUCCAUGGCUCCGCCGCGAUAG